AUGUGUAAGUUGGCCGAGAAGAGAUCGAGUUCGUCGUCGGGCUGUAGUUCGUCGGCUACUUGUGAGCUGUACGAUCUAGCCACCGCACACGCAUUUCUUGCCCGACAACAGCAGUUGAUACAUCAAGCAAAUUUUCCACUAAUAUCAUCCGUAGAACUCGUACAACAACUGGCCCAUCAUCAACAACUUCAACAUUUACAACAUCAUAUACAAGGAAUUGUACAUCACAAUUUAGUAGGCGACAUGGCGCUCGUGUCGCAUCCGGCGACUGCGGCGGCAGUUGGCGCGGCGCCAAUGUACGCCGGUAACGUUGGCGUACAGAAGGAGAAGAAACCGCAACCAACACCGCAUCAGGUCAUGCAAAUCCAACAACAACAACAAUUACCACAGGCUGCACACGUUUCGAAUGCGAUCCUUGCCGCAACACAACCGUUCUAUCCUGCUCCGGUGCAGGACGCACAACCGGACAGACCAAUCGGUUACGGAGCGUUCGGUGUCGUGUGGUCGGUAACGGAUCCACGAAGCGGUAAACGUGUAGCGUUAAAGAAAAUGCCAAACGUCUUUCAAAACCUGGCCUCUUGUAAACGGGUUUUUCGCGAAAUUCGCAUGCUUUCAUCGUUUAAGCAUGAUAAUGUGCUUUCCCUAUUGGACAUCUUGCAACCGACUAAUCCACAUUUCUUUCAAGAGCUGUACGUUUUAACGGAGCUCAUGCAAAGUGAUCUACAUAAAAUAAUCGUCUCACCACAACCAUUAACCGUUGAUCACGUGAAAGUGUUUGUGUAUCAAAUUUUGAGAGGACUAAAAUAUCUUCAUUCGGCCAAUAUUCUACACAGAGACAUUAAACCCGGUAAUCUCCUGGUGAACAGUAAUUGUAUACUGAAAAUUUGUGAUUUUGGAUUGGCAAGAAUUUGGGACUCUCGAGAACGACAAAAUAUGACACAUGAAGUGGUCACACAAUACUAUCGUGCACCGGAAUUAUUGAUGGGUGCUCGAAGGUAUACCGGUGCGGUUGAUAUAUGGUCGGUUGGAUGUAUUUUUGCGGAACUACUUGCUAGGCGGAUAUUAUUUCAAGCACAAGGACCAAUUGAUCAGUUGGAUCUGAUCAUUGAUCUGCUCGGGACCCCAACGCCGGAAGAAAUGAAAUACGCCUGCGAGGGUGCCAGGAAUCAUGUACUUCGUGCACCAUUUCGUGUAAAUACGUUCCAUCGUAUGCGACAACUCAGCCAACACACAACCGAUGAUGCCGUGCAAUUGUUGGCGAUUAUGUUGCAAUUCGAUCCGGAUAAACGAGCCACCGUCGAACAAACGUUGAAACACAGUUAUUUGGAUGAAGGACGAAUGCGUUUCCAUUCAUGUAUGUGCUCGUGUUGUUACACGAACACCACAGUACCCGGGAAUACACGAAUUUUCAGCACGGAUCCGGAUCCAAUGCACGAAAUGCCAUUCGAUCCGAAAUGGGAGAAGGAAUUGUCUCGUUUAUCAAUGUUUGAUCUACGUGAUCGUAUGUAUAAGUUUGUCACGGAACGUACACCGCUUUUUGGGACACCGUUAUGCAUCAAUCCGAGUUCAGCCGCGUACAAGAAUUUUGCCAGUUCCUCCGUGGCACAAGCAUCCGAACUACCGCCGUCACCGAACGCGUGGGAUUAA